AUGCCUUCAAGUUGUCAAAAUAAUGAUUGCUACAUUCGUUUUAUACAAUCUGGCGGACUUACUACAUUAAAGGGUGAGCUAGGGAUUUCCAAACAAAUUGUAUCAUCUCAGGACGUUACUUUAACUAGAGCGAACAAUGCAUGUGGUCUUUCUGCCCUACCAACUGCUGUUUCAGUGCUUUUAACUGGUCCGUGUAGUUUGAAUACAGCUGAGAUUAUUGCUUCAUCUUCUGCUGCUGCCAGUGAAAUUAAUAAGUCAGUAUGA